GGAUAAAAAAUACCAAAUUGGGUAAAAACGAAGUCAACUUCCAAUCUCUAUAUAACCCCAAUAAUAGCAAUUAUAAUCAAAAUCUCCACUCAAGGAAAAUAAAUAAAUAAUAAAAUUAAAAUGGAGGUCACCGGCGGCGGCGGAGGAAGUUCAUCAAGCGAGAAACGGCGUCGUUCGCUCAGAGCAAUUACAACCUCCUUCUUCAUCGAAGUUCUAACCGGACCUUGGUUCAUGGUGUUCGCUUCAUUCCUAGUCAUGUCCACCGCCGGAACGCCGUACAUGUUCGGCCUUUACUCCGGCGCCAUAAAAUCCGUCCUCGGCUACGAUCAGAGCACUCUGAAUCUAAUCAGCUUUUUCAAAGACCUAGGCACAAACGUCGGCGUUAUUUCCGGCCUAAUCGCCGAAAUCACGCCGCCGUGGGUGGUUCUAGCAAUCGGCGCAGCGAUGAACUUCGUCGGAUACUUCAUGAUUUGGCUAUCAGUGACGGAAAAAGUGGCGGCGCCGUCGGUUUGGCUGAUGUGUCUUUACAUUUGCUUAGGAGCGAAUUCGACGGCGUUUGCUAACACCGGCGCUUUAGUGACUUGUGUGAAGAAUUAUCCAGCGAGAAGAGGAGCGGUUUUAGGGAUUUUGAAAGGAUAUGUUGGAUUAAGCGGUGCAAUUUUGACGCAAUUUUAUCAUGCGAUUUAUGGCGAUGAUUCUAAAUCGUUGAUUCUUCUAAUUGCAUGGCUACCGGCGGUUAUUUCUGUGGUGUUCUUGAGGACGAUUCGGAUUAUGAAGGUUCAACAUCAGCCGAAUGAACUGAGAGUUUUUUACAGGUUCUUGUACGUUUCUCUUGGGCUAGCCGGAUUUCUCAUGGUGAUGAUCGUUCUUCAACAGAAAUUCAAAUUCUCCCACAUCGAGUACAGUUCCAGCGCCGCCGUCGUCGUCUUUCUCCUCUCCUUUCCGAUUUUCAUCGUCAUCGCCGAAGACUACAAAUUCUGGCGCAUAAAGCUAUCUCAACUUCAAAAUCCUUCUCCACUCACCAUCAUCACCCAAAAACCAUCGCCGUCGCCAUCGCCGCCGCAGCAGUUCCCAAUAAACCUAGAAACCUCGGUCAAAUCUCCCGCCGGAAAACUAAAGCCACAAACGCCAUCCUGCUGGAGAACCGCCCUGAAUCCGCCGCCAAGAGGCGAAGAUUACACGAUUCUACAAACACUCUUCAGCGCCGACAUGCUCCUCCUAUUCCUCUCCACCGCGUGCGGCGUCGGCGGUACUCUUACCGCCAUCGACAACCUCGGCCAAAUCGGCGCCUCUCUCCGGUACCCUAAACAGAGCAUCAGCACAUUUGUAUCGCUAGUAAGCAUUUGGAAUUACCUAGGGCGCGUAGUUUCGGGUUUCACUUCCGAAAUUUUCCUCACCAAAUACAAAUUCCCUCGAACCCUAAUUCUUACCCUAAUUCUCCUCUUUUCCUGCGUCGGCCACCUCCUAAUCGCCUUCAAUCCCCCCGGCGGCCUCUACAUCGCUUCAAUCGUCAUCGGAUUCUGCUACGGCGCUCAAUGGCCGAUUCUCUUCGCCAUAAUUUCAGAGAUCUUCGGACUCAAAUACUACUCGACGCUGUACAAUUUCGGAUCCGUUGCGAGUCCGAUCGGGUUGUAUUUCGUCAAUGUUCGAGUCACCGGACAUUUGUACGACGAGGAGGCCAACCGGCAGCUGGCGGCGGCCGGGAGGUUAAGGAUAGCCGGAGAAGAGUUGAACUGCGUUGGUGUCAAUUGCUUUAAAAUGUCGUUCAUUAUAAUCACCGGAGUUACGUUGCUUGGAGCUCUGUUUUCAUUCAUUUUGGUUCUUAGAACCAGAGAGUUUUAUAAGACAGAUAUAUAUAGGAGGUUUAGGGAUGAAGUUGAAGAAGAAGAAGCAGCUACUGGAAACGGCGUCGUUUCGAAUGAUGAAAGAAAUGCGGAAGGCAACAAGUAAAGGUGCCUGAUUAAUUUUGUGCCGUUGACUCUAAACGUUCAACAAAAAAAUCGAAAGUACAUUUAAAAAAAUUAUCACGUAUUUUUUAGAAAAAAAAUUGACACGUGAUAAAUUAUGGUUGGACAAUUGAGUAAACUGCACGAUCGUGAUGGUUGCAUUGAAGUAGCAUCCUAAUUUUCUUAAUUUUCUUUUUUUUUGGUAUUUAGUUGUAAUUGUUGUUGUUUGUUAUUUAGUCAUUUCAUCUUGUGUAAUAAAAACUUUUUUUUACACAGUGAAAAGUAACGUAGAAAGAUACGUUUUAAUUGAAA